UACGUACACGGGUUAUUAUGAUUGACAGGUUGUAAUCUGUACAUUGGUGUGACUAAUUGCUGGUUUGUGAUAAUCUCUGGUGACAUCAGUGGAGUGGGACUGUGUGUGGUAGUAGAUAUCAUAACGUCGAUAAGGAGUGGAGUUCCAAAACAAUGACGGCACUUCUCAGAUUAUACCCAUUAUGACGACCAGCUCCCAUAAAUCUCCGGACUAUGUGUGAGUUUAUACUGACUGGUCGGCUAUUCACACGCUUUCUCCGCUUUUACGAUGUGUUUACUCAACAAUGUUGAAAACGAUGGGAAAAUGUCCCCGGAAUUUCUGCCUUGUAUUGACAUCGGUUGUGACAGGCCUAGUACUGAUGCUCCUCCAAAGCCACUCCCAGUUGGAGUUCACAUGGAGUAAGAGGUAUGUGACAGAGUGCAACGGAUGUAACAAGUUUGUGGGAAAACCAACCAUAGAACCGACAAAUGUUUGUAAGCAAUAUGACGGCAACACUACUUCCGGUCACACAGAGUUGAUCAUCUUAGUUAUGAGUCCAGUGAACGACAAGGAAGCGAGAGACGCUGUUCGAGACACAUGGGGAGGUAUUCGGGAGCAGACGACUGGACAUUUUCGAGUGGUGUUUGUGGUUGGUAAAAUGAAAUCCACCGACCUUUUCAAUGAGGCCUCGAGUCAAGGAGAUAUCCUUCAGUUGAACGUUCCAGAAACACAAAAAGCAAUAACUGAAAAGGUUGUUCAUUCUUUCCGUUGGUUUACUGUACGUUGUUCCCAUAUAAAAUAUGUGAUGAAAACAGAUACUGAAGUGUUUAUAAAUGUGCCAUAUAUUUUCAAAAUCCUGCAGAAAUAUGACCUAAGGAACAUAAUAGUUGGACACUGUUAUCACAGGUUCGUAAACCAUGAUCGAUCAAGGAAUACACAAGAAUAUAAAACGCUGAAGAAGAUUUCAGGUUCUCAUUCCCCGCCAUAUUGUAGCGGGUCAGGCUAUCUGAUUGGGAGGGAGACAGCAGUCACGCUAACAGCUAUAUUUGCGGACACACCCUAUUUUCCCGUGGAAGAUGUGUAUAUUGGAAUGUGUGCUUACAAAACGAAAGUAGAAGUAAUGGACGUGCCGGGGUUUGAUGUGGAGUACGUCGGAUAUGACGCGUCCCAGUACUGCCACUGUGCGGGCACGGUACCCAAGGUUGACGCGGGUCGACAACGGGAAAUCUUUGUACGACAGCUCGGCGACUGCAAACAAACUUGGUCCCGAGGGAUGGACGAUCUCCGCGCGUGCUUCGUCGAUAUUAUGGACGUCUUAAAACCAUUGACUAUCAUGACGUUGUCCGGAUUGCUUAUCAUCCUGUUUUUUAUUGUCCGUAGGAAGGUGAACUGAGUACAGAUAAGGUUAACCCAUAGUGUUGUACAUCCUCGCAUUGCAUGUCACAACCACAGGGA